GUACAAGCUCGGUCAUCCAAAGACUUUUCAUUAUCUGAACCAGUCCAAGUGCCUCGAGCUUGUUGGUAUAAGCGACGCUCAUGAUUAUCUUGCAACAAGGAGAGCUAUGGAUAUUGUUGGAAUUAGCGAGAAGGAACAGGAAGCAAUUUUCAGAGUGGUAGCUGCGAUUCUUCAUAUUGGAAACAUCGAGUUUACUAAGGGGAAAGAAGUGGAUUCAUCAGUUCCCAAGGAUGAUAAGGCGAAAUUUCAUCUUAAAACUGCAGCGGAACUUCUCAUGUGUGAUUUAAAGGCACUUGAAGAUGCGUUAUGUAAACGUGUUAUGAUCACACCCGAGGAAGUUAUCAAGAGAAGUCUUGAUCCACAGAGUGCUGUGACCAGCAGAGACGGUCUCGCUAAGACAGUCUAUUCUCGAUUGUUCGACUGGUUGGUAGACAAGAUUAAUAAUUCCAUUGGACAAGAUGCCAAUUCUAGAUCUCUAAUUGGAGUUCUGGACAUUUACGGAUUUGAAAGCUUCAAAACUAACAGUUUUGAACAGUUUUGUAUCAAUUUCACUAAUGAGAAGUUGCAGCAGCAUUUCAAUCAGCACGUUUUCAAGAUGGAACAGGAAGAGUACACAAAAGAAGCAAUAGAUUGGAGUUACAUUGAAUUUGUGGACAAUCAAGAUGUUCUCGACCUUAUAGAAAAGAAGCCUGGUGGGAUUGUUGCUCUCCUAGAUGAAGCUUGCAUGUUUCCAAAGUCAACCCACGAUACAUUUGCAAACAAGCUAUAUCAGACUUUCAAGACCCACAAGCGCUUUGUCAAACCAAAACUCUCUCGAACAGAUUUCGCCGUUGCUCAUUAUGCUGGAGAAGUUCUAUAUCAAUCUGAACUAUUUCUGGAUAAAAACAAGGAUUAUGUGAUCCCUGAACACCAAGAUUUGCUGGAGGCUUCCAAAUGUCCUUUUGUUGUGGGUCUUUUCCCUCCACUCCCGGAAGAAACAUCUAAAUCCUCAAAGUUUUCAUCCAUUGGUUCUCGUUUUAAGAUGCAACUCCAGCAACUGAUGGAAACAUUAAAUUCUACUGAGCCUCAUUACAUCAGAUGUGUGAAGCCUAACAAUCUUCUAAAGCCUGCCAUAUUUGAGAAUGUGAACAUCAUGCAGCAACUUCGAUGUGGUGGUGUUUUAGAGGCGAUCAGAAUUAGUUGCGCAGGGUAUCCAACUCGUAAACCGUUCUUUGAGUUCAUAAACCGUUUUGGACUUCUAUCUCCUGCUGCUUUGGAAGGGAACUUCGAUGAGAAGGUAGCAUCCCAAAAGAUCUUGGACAACAUGGGACUCAAAGGAUACCAGAUUGGUAAAACAAAGGUCUUCUUACGGGCUGGUCACAUGGCUGAACUUGACGCUAGAAGGGCUGAGGUGCUAAGUAGUGCUGCAAAAAAAAUUCAGAGACGUAUACGAACUCAUCAGGCUCAGAAAAGAUUUAUGGUUCUGAGAAAGGCCACUAUAUCUCUUCAGGCUAUAUGUAGAGGGAGGCUUUCCUGCAAAUUUUACGAAAAUUUGAGACGAGAAGCUGCUGUUGUGAAAAUUCAGAAGAAUGGUCGGAGAUAUUGUUCUAGAAAAUCAUAUAAAAAGCUCCAUGUAGCUUCUCUUGUUGUACAGACUGGUUUAAGAGCAAUGUCCGCUCGUAAACAAUUCAGAUUCAGGAAGCAAACAAAAGCUGCCACAAUUGUUCAGGCUCAGUGGCGUAGUCACAGAGCAAUCUCGUACUACAAAAAGCUUAAAAAUGGAGUGAUCCUAUCUCAAACACGAUGGAGAGGCAGACUUGCUAAGAGAGAACUUAGGAAGCUCAAAAUGGCUUCAAGGGAAACAGGAGCACUUAAAGAGGCAAAGGAUAUGCUUGAAAAGAAAGUCGAAGAACUCACAUACCGUGUCCAGUUGGAGAAACGUUCGAGGGGUGACUUAGAAGAAGCAAAGACUCAGGAGAUAGCAAAACUUCAGAGUUCAUUCGAGGAAAUGCGGAAGAAAGUUGAAGAAACAAAUGCGUUGCUUGUGAAGGAACGCGAAGCUGCAAAGAAAGCCGCUGAAGAAGCUCCUCCUGUUAUUACGGAAACACAAGUUUUAGUUGAAGAUACCAAGAAGAUUGAAUUAAUGACGGAGGAAUUGGAGAGUGUAAAGGCUACUCUAGAAAACGAGAAACAAAGGGCUGAUGAUGCAGUGGGGAAAUUAGAAGAAUCUCAAGAGUCUCUUGAAGACAAAAGGAAAAAACUGGAAGAGUCAGAGAAGAAAGGUCAGCAACUCCAAGAAUCCCUGACAAGGAUGGAGGAAAAGUGCAGCAACUUAGAAUCGGAGAAUAAAGUCUUACGGCAACAAGCUGUCUCCAUGGCACCAAAUAAAUUUCUCUCUGGCCGCUCCCGGUCCAUUUUACAGAGAGGUUCGGAGAGUGGUCAUCUUGCAGUGGAUGCAAGGUCAAACUUGGAUCUGCAUAGCCAUUCAAUGAAUAGAGAUCCCUCAGAAGUGGAAGAUAAACCACAGAAAUCACUAAACGAGAAGCAGCAAGAAAAUCACGAGCUACUUAUCCGCUGCAUUGUUCAACACUUGGGUUUCCAGGGGAACAGACCUAUCACAGCAUGUAUCAUUUACAAAUGCCUACUGCAAUGGAGGUCAUUUGAAGUCGAAAGAACCAGUGUCUUUGAUCGCAUUAUUCAAACAAUAGGCCAUGCUAUUGAGACUCAAGAUAACAACAAUACAUUGGCCUAUUGGUUAUCCAAUGCCUCAACACUCCUCUUACUCCUCCAGCGCACACUCAAAGCUAGUGGUGCAGCUGGGAUGGCUCCACAGCGCCGCCGUUCAUCUUCUGCCACUCUAUUUGGAAGGAUGUCUCAGAGCUUCCGCGGGGCACCCCCAGGUGUAAAUCUUGCCAUGAUAAACGGUACUGCGGGAGGUGGAGCAGAUACCUUAAGACAAGUUGAAGCAAAAUAUCCGGCUUUACUGUUUAAGCAGCAACUCACAGCUUAUGUUGAAAAGAUAUAUGGAAUGAUUCGGGAUAACUUGAAGAAAGAGAUUUCUCCACUCCUUGGAUUGUGCAUUCAGGCGCCAAGAACAUCAAGGGCAAGUUUAGUUAAAGGAGCAUCUCGUUCCGUUGGCAACACUGCAGCUCAGCAAGCACUGAUUGCCCACUGGCAAGGAAUUGUCAAGAGCCUUACAAAUUUCCUUAAUACUCUGAAAUCAAACAAUGUUCCUUCAUUCUUGGUGCGUAAGGUGUUUACGCAGAUAUUCUCAUUCAUCAAUGUUCAGCUGUUUAACAGUCUUUUAUUGAGACGCGAAUGUUGUUCAUUUAGCAAUGGCGAGUACGUCAAAGCUGGCUUGUCUGAAUUGGAACACUGGUGUUUCAAGGCAACAGAUGAGUAUGCUGGUUCUUCAUGGGAUGAGCUUAAGCAUAUCAGACAGGCCAUUGGGUUUCUGGUCAUACACCAAAAACCAAAGAAAAAUCUUGAUGAGAUCAGCCAUGAUCUUUGCCCGGUACUAAGCAUACAGCAGCUAUACAGGAUCAGUACGAUGUACUGGGAUGACAAAUAUGGCACUCACAGCGUCUCCCCGGACGUGAUAGCAAAUAUGAGGGUUCUAAUGACAGAAGAUUCGAACAAUGCUGUUAGCAACUCAUUCCUUUUGGAUGACGACUCCAGCAUCCCUUUCUCGGUUGAUGACUUAUCAAAGUCGAUGGAGAGGUUUGAAAUUGCGGAUAUCGAACCGCCACCUUUAAUCAGGGAGAAUUCAGGAUUUAGCUUCUUAUUACCAGUCUCUGAU